AAUGUAGCAGUCUUCCAUUUGAGACAGCACUUAUCAGCGACAGAGUGCACUGAAUAUGUAAGUGCACUGUUUUGCAGGGCACUGUAUCGCAGUGUACUUCAUAAAGUGCGCGGUAGUAGACACAGCCCCUCUGUACAAAUUAAAUGUACGAGGGUCUGGUUAGGACCAGGCUAACGGACGAUGGCAGAAGUAGGCAAAAGAAAGUAGCCAAUCAACAAGUCGCCCGAUGAUCAUGUGACAUACCAUGCUUACUACGUUGUUUUUCUGCGACUGCGGUAACAACUGAAGUCCAUGUGAAUGUCGCCGGUUACAUCCCACAAUCUCAUUUGAAAGCUGAAGGUGAUUCUGGCUGCCAUAUUGUGAACAAGUUUCUCCGGUCUGGGUGCUUCAACUGUGCUCCUCCAUGACCAGCCGUCUACUUGGCCGAUGUGCCCGUCUUCUAUCCAGGGCUUCACCUAAUGCUCAGGCCACAACUGCCCGCUUAUCUGCCCCUCCAGCUGGGCCUACAGAGCCACUAUGGGCCUUUGCCUGGAUGGGGCCUUUGGGGAGGCCACUCUGUGAAGGCAGGAGUGUGGCCAAGGAUGAGGACUUUCCCACUGUGCCCAAACGCACACACCUGGAUGAGCUUCUAGAGAUGGCGGAGUCUCAGCAGGAUAUCCUGUUAGCUUGGGCUGAGCGAGGAGGAAAUGGCAACCAAGCUGCAGUGGCCAUGGUCAGAUUAUCUCAGUGCCAGAAAGGGGGCUCUGAAUUAAACCAAUCAGAGUUGUUGAAGGAUCCCAGGCUGCAGGAUAUGAUGGAUACGGUUGCUGCACAGAUUGGUACGGUGUGGAACGGCACCCUUGUUUCAGUCCUGCGUUCUCUGACCGCCCUGAACGUCCCUCUCGGGGCUGCAGUGGUUCGCUCUGUCCAGACAGAGGUGCUGUGGCGGAUACGCAGACUGGCCUACAAGCAGUUGGCUUACUUGGUGGACUGGGGCACGGGGCGGAAAGGCCAGCCAGAAAAGAUAGUUAACGCAGCGCUGAAACACCUGGAGCUGCGCUGGGCUGAGAUCUCCGACCCGAGAACAGUCAGCACUCUGAUGGCCAGAGCAGGACAUCUGUCCCCUGCUCUUAUGGACAGACUGGAAGACAAGGCACUGGAGCUGAUGGAGGGGUUCAGUGCUGAGGACAUCCGCAGGAUGUGUUUGGCAAUGGCCUCUCAGAGUCGAAGGUCUGUCCCCCUGCUCCGAGCCCUAUCUUAUCACCUCCUACAGAAACCCUCCCCCGACCUCAACACACCCCUACUGCUGGACAUAGCUUUUGCUUAUGGGAAGCUUAACUUCAACCACACCCAGGUGUUCCAGCGGAUGGCGUCGGAACUGUUACCCAGGGUGCCUGAGCUCAGCUCUGUCGAUGUCACCCGCUGUGCCAAGUCUCUGGCCUUCCUCAAGUGGCUUCAUCUGCCUCUGUUUGAGGCCUUCACAGAGCACUACAUUGUGAACAAUCAGACCUAUAACACUUUACAGCUUUGUAAUCUAAUAAUGUCAUUGGCCAAGCUUGGCUUCCAGCCAAGCAAAGGGGAGUUCUACGACAAGGUCCACUCUGCCCUGGACAGUAGCUUCUCAGGCCUGGAACCCCACCUCCACACAGAUGUGCUGUGGUCUCUGUGUGUUCUGCAGCAGUCCCGACCACAGUACUUCACCAGCUUCACACAGCACCCACACCUGACCAAACUCUCAGAGGGAAGUCAUACCAGGGUUGUGAACUAUCGUCUGAAGCUCCUUCACAUCGCUGCAACACUUCAGUUGGAGCAUCCAGACUCGGCAAAGACUGUUUCCUUACAACCCCCCGGGCCACCCCCCACCCCAGCGGCCCGCCGCCUCUCCCCUCUGCAGAGUGGGCUGAAGGGGGCACUAGAGGCUCUGGUGGGGGAGAGGCCAGAGGCUUUGCGUACUGGGGUCAGCACUGUGCACGGCUGGACCAUAGAUGGUGAGAUGGUUGUUGACAGUGAGAACAAGCCAGUGGACCUUGUGGGGUUGAUUGCUCCUCACCUGCCUGCUGGAGGAGGGAACAAACUGCUACCUGUUGGGGCACGAAGAUUGGCGUUCCUGGCCUGGGAGUUCCCUCAUUUUGGAUCCAGAAGUAAAGACCUGCUGGGGCGCUUCACCAUGAUGAAACGGCAUUUGCAGCUGGAUGGCUUCAUCACUGUGCAGGUGCCGUACUAUGAGUGGGUGGAGCUAAAGUCUGAUAGACAGAAAGUCGCGUACUUGAAAGAUAAAAUAGGGAAGGCUGUGGCAGAGGACAUGGCCAAAUGACCUGACCUGACCAAUGAACUGCACGAUGGACUUAGCUGGAGCCACACCCAACACUGAACAUACACAUAUGUUGUACACGCACACACACACAAAAUUAAACACUUAAGUGCUAAUAAGUCUGGUCUUGCAUCCAAGACUGCAUCCAAAGCACUUGUUCUACCUCUGUUCCCUUGGUGAGGCAUGGGGCUUUCUCUGUUGCUAUGGAGAUGCCACAUGAGAGUUCUGAGAAAAAGAGUGAAUGUGUGUGUGUGUGAGAGAGAGAGAGAGAGAGAGAGAGAGAGAGAGAGAGAGAGAGAGAGAGAGAGAGACACACAGACACACAGACAAAGGAAGAAUACAAGAGUAGUCUUUUGUUACUAAAGAGAUGUGUCCCCAAGUGACAUUCUGGCCUUGGAGCAAAGCGCAUGGUGGGUAUCAUAGAAUCAACGCCAUGAAUGAGCUUUAUAUGACUUGUGAAUUGAUUAACUAAAUAUCAUUGAUACUUGUGAUGUGCGUGUGCGCCUAUUAAUGCUCUUAGUGUGUGUGUGUGUCUGUCUGAUGGUGUGUCUUGCCAGUUUGGGGUGUGUAUGUAAGAAUGUGCAGUGUGAGUGAGGUAGCAUGAGGUGUGUCAUCUAGACAGAAGUGUGAUAUUCAGGCAGAGCACGUUAUUGCAUGGCACACCACAUGCAAACAACCGCAAAUGAAUAACUAAGGUGGUAGAAGAGGGUGGACUCGCAACCAUAUAUCCGUAUUCCAUUAUGUGGUUGUCCACACACACACAUACAGGAAAAGCUUUAAAUCUGCCUGUGCAGUCUGUGGUCAGUCUUGCCAAGUGCUGUUGCUCACGCCCAUGCUAAUAAAGAUGACAAAUUU